UCGUUGAUAUACAAAACGCGAGAAGACGACCAGCCAGGGGGAAUCUCUUUAGCUUUAUCAAUCCUGUAUACUCUGUAUUCUUCUCCUUCUUAAAAGUUGAAAAGAAACAACCUUCUCAAUCCCCGGAAAGAUUGUGUCUCUGUCUACAGUUUUUCUCAUUUAAUCCGCUUCUUUUCAGCAAGUCCCUUUGGUGUUUUGUCUUUCCAUCUCUUUCAUCCUUUUUGUGUAUGCAAGUUGGGAGAAUUACAGGUCAUUAUAAUGCCAUUCCCUCAAGUUUCCUCAUUAAUUAUAUAUAUGUAGGAUAUCCUUCUUUCUGAAAUGCUAAGAAACCCUUUUGCUGUCACAGCUUUAACCAACCUCUCUCUUGCUCUUAGAAUUACGUUUAAUGGCCUCCAUUUCAGUUUUUCCAUUCUCCCACCUGGGCAAGUAGGUUUAUUUCGUUUUCUUCUUCCUUUUUCUUUCUUCCCCUCACAACCUUCAAUCAUCUCUCCGAGUUUUUUCUUCCUUUUUCCCACUAUUAUGAUUCUUUCUGUUUCGAGAUCUUAGAAAACCCACCAAUCAAUCUGAUUCCUUCUGCAGCUCUGCUUCAACCAAAAUCCUCUGCUUCUCUUUUUAAGACCAGUUUGAUUCUCUUCUUUGAUUUCUUAUGGAUCCAGGACAUGGAUAUUUGUUUGAGCAUGUCCAAACUCCCCCUCUUAUGGAAAACCAAGCAAACGUGGUUUAUCAUCCCUCCUCUCCUUCUUCAGACACGAGCUUCCCCAUCUUAGCCAUUGCAAUACUAGGAAUCCUGACCACAGCCUUCUUACUAGUGAGCUACUAUGUCUUUGUGAUCAAAUGCUGCUUGACUUGGCACCGUUUUGAUCUCCUGAGACGGUUUUCUAUGUCUCAAGCUCGAAGACAUGAAGACCCACUAAUGGCCUACGUUCAAGCGACAGAGAACCGUGGUCUUGAUGAAUCUCUGAUCCGUGCAAUACCAGUUUUUCAGUUCAAAAGAGGAGGAAAAGGUGAAGAGAAAAGUUACUUCGACUGUGCAGUUUGCCUGAAUGAGUUCCAAGAAGAAGAGAAACUAAGAAUUCUACCCAAUUGUGCCCAUGCAUUCCACAUCGAUUGCAUUGAUAUAUGGCUCCAGAGCAAUGCCAAUUGCCCUCUCUGCCGAUCAAGCAUUUCGACAACAGCCCGGUUUCCGAUUGGUCAAAUCAUUGCCCCCACCCCUUCUCCCCAAGAUCCACACCCAUUUACAGAGACUCUCAUGGGUGGUGAUGAGGAUUUUGUAGUAAUUGAACUGAGGAAUGAAGAGAAUGGAGGUCAAACAGCUCACAGGCAUCAAGAAUCAGGAAGUUCAGGGGAGCUUCUGGGCCCAGCCCGAGAGGUUAGUCCUUCACCCAGGAAAUUUGAGCAGAAAUUUCUGAACAAGAAACCUAGGAAGUUCCAUCAUAUUACAAGCAUGGGAGAUGAGUGCAUUGAUGUCAGGGGAAAAGAUGAUCAGUUCUCAAUCACACCCAUCAGGAGAUCUUUUUCCAUGGACUCUUCGGCUGACAGGCAGUUCUACCUCUCUGUUCAAGAGAUCAUACGGCAGAACAGGCAGCCCAAUGAAGUCAGUCCUAGUGAAGGUUGUAGCAACAGAAUCCGCCGGUCGUUCUUUUCGUUUGGCCAUGGCAGAGGAUCUAGAAGCGCAAUUCUUCCUCUCCAAUUCGAGCCCUAAGGCAGAGAAAUUAAUCUUGUUUUCCACUUUUCUUUUCAUCUUUUGUUUUCUGAGAUAUAGAUAUUGGAAUUAGGAAGCUUUAAGGAAUAGUUUGUGAUAUAAACAAGACUAAAUUGAGUGUAUAGAAAAAAUUGGAUUUUUGGGUGUA